CCUAAUAUGGCCGAUUGAGCCGCGCACCCUCUGCUAAAGUAUACCAAUAGUAAAACGGAUUCUUGUCGUGUUGAAAUGUCAGGCGGCAUAAAUAAAAGGCAGCGUUUGGAAGUUUAGAAGAUCUCUUGUUGCGAUCUUAGAGAAGUGGAGCCGAUAACAGAAAUCAAGGUAGAAGGUAUAAAGUCAGGGGAAAUUGAUGGCGGUUAAAUCGAUUUUCGAUUCACCUGCCCUCAGAACUGAAUUAGAAAAGGCCGGAAUUAAUACCAGCUUCAUCCCUCAAAUAUGGAAGUAUGUAAUUAAAAACCCUAAUUGUAAGUUUGAUGAAAUACCUUCGUUACCAUCAGCUCUAUACCCUCUACUUCAAUCUAAGUUUAAAACCUCUACUUCAACUGUUGAUACCGUUCUUGAAUCUCUCGACAACGUCACUACCAAGCUUCUUGUAAAGCUGCAGAAUGGAGCUUUUGUAGAAGCUGUGAUAAUGAGAUAUGAUUCUCGUUUGGGGAUGUGCGGAGGAAAGCCACGCCCAGGUGGUGUAAGGGCAACCCUGUGUGUGUCAUCCCAGGUGGGAUGCAAAAUGGCUUGCACGUUUUGUGCAACCGGAAGCAUGGGGUUUAAAAAUCAUUUAUCAUCAGGAGAAAUAGUGGAACAAUUGGUUCACGCUUCUCGUUUAUGUGAAAUAAGGAACAUUGUUUUCAUGGGAAUGGGUGAACCAUUGAACAACUAUACUAACGUGGUGGAAGCGGUUAGGAGCAUGAUUGGAUACCCAUUUCAGAUAUCACCAAGGAAAAUUACUGUAUCAACUGUUGGGAUAAUUCCUGCUAUCAAAAAGCUCCACGAUGAUCUACCGAGUGUAAACUUGGCAGUUUCACUACAUGCACCGGAUCAAAAACUUCGUUGUCAGAUAAUGCCCACAGCGGCAAGUUUUUCUUUGGAUAAGCUCAUGGAUUCUCUACAUGUCUUUCAACAGAAAAGUCAACAGAAAAUAUUCAUCGAGUAUAUCAUGCUCGAAGGGGUAAAUGAUGGCGAGCAGCAGGCCCAUGAUCUUGCAAAAUUGCUUGAGAAGUUCCAAGUGGUUAUAAAUCUCAUACCUUUCAAUCCAAUUGGGAGCUUGAGCAAGUUCAGUACCAGUACUGAUCAAGGAGUUGUAAAAUUCCAACAGAUUCUUAGAGGUACUUAUAAUAUUCGGACGACAAUCAGAAAGCAAAUGGGUCAGGAUAUAAUGGGUGCGUGUGGUCAGCUGGUUGUGAGCCUUCCUGCUAAAGGCUCAAGUAGCAUAACUGACAUUGAAGACCUCCUCAUACGUGUCUGAGACUCCCCACACAAGGCAAUUUUGUUACUUAGUAAACAACUUCAGACUUGGAUUCAACCAAGCAUGUACAAUAUAAUUGUAUGUUGAUUUUCCAAAUCAAAAUUUACUUGAGAGAAUUAUUCUUACAACUCUCAGGAAUAUGUUCAUUCCGCAUAGGCUUGAUUACUAGAGAUGCAACAUUACCAAGUCAUAACUCAUACCGGUAAAACCAUCUGGGUAAAGCGUAA